ACUAUUGCUCAGUUUUGUUCCACUAGUACCAUAUCCGAGGAAGGAAUUAAGCUGGGAAUCAAGCAGCAGAACGGUCCCCAAUUUGGAUAACAAACCAACCCCCAUUACAAAAUUUCACCCUUUCAUUCUCCUUAUCCCAUUCACCCCACAAAAGGGGGAAAAAAAAAAAAAAAGAUUCUCCCCUUGUUCCGUGUCCUUUACUACUACGAAUCUUAAGAACACUCCAGAGUACACACUAGAAAAUCAAAUCACCCACAACCCAAGAAACCCAAAAACCUCAAAACACCACCCCAUCAAGAUUUAUAUCCCAAAGCUUCAAACUUUCCCCAAAAUAAAAAAGAUCCAAAUUUUAUUUUCUUUAAAAUCGAACCAUGCAACGCCGUCUUCUAGAAACCGAGCUUACGAUGCCACCGUCGUACGGAAACAACACCCGCGAUUCGUUCAUUAACGACACGAACUUCGACACCAACAUGGUUAUCAUUUUGGCGGCACUGUUGUGCGCGUUGAUAUGCGCGUUGGGGUUGAACUCGAUAGCUCGUUGCGCUCUACGGUGUAGCCGGAGAUUCUCGGAGGAGACGCCGGAGCAAGCGGCGGCGAGGAUGGCCGGAACGGGGCUGAAGAAGCGGGACCUGAGUCGGAUUCCGGUCGCGGUGUACGGCGGCGGAGAGGAUAUUCCGGCAACGGAGUGCCCCAUAUGCCUCGGGGAGUUCGAGAAAGGGGACAAAGUUCGAAUGUUACCAAAGUGCAAUCACGGGUUUCAUGUGAGGUGCAUUGACACGUGGCUCGUGUCGCAUUCUUCGUGCCCCAAUUGUCGCCACUCGCUGUUAGAGAAACCCAACAUUUGUUCUACCAGUUCUGCUUCUGAUGUUACUCAGAACGGUGGAGGAGGGGUCGCCGGAGAGUUCUCUCCGGAAAGUGGGCCCGGCCGGCGGAGCAACGUGGUCGUUGUCGUAGAGCAGGCAAGUUGAAAGACAAUAAUAGUGAGUGG